AUGAUUAGCACAAUUGUUGCCUUCCUCAUUGCCUCUGGCACCGCGCUCGCACUCCCCUUCAACGAGACGAGCCUUCCCUACCGUGGAUGCGCCACCCACAAGGAUACCGCGGCCAUUGCGGCUGCCGAAUCUCGUUUCCAAAUCGACUCUGCCAACAUCAUGUCGGUUAUGGACGCCUCCACACUCGCUAGCGGCCCCAUCCAGGUCUACUGGCACGUUAUCCAGAAGGACAACGAUCUCGCUGGCGGAAACGUCCCAGAUUCGCAGAUCAAGGCCAGCAUUGACGCCAUGAACCAGCACUAUACCGGUACUGGCAUUUCGUUCGCACUCUCCAAGACGACCCGCACCACCAAUGCAGAUUGGUUUAGCACCGUUGGACCCGACGAGAGCAACCAAACUCAGAUGAAGUCCCAGCUCCGCCAGGGCGACGAGUCGACGCUCAACAUUUACACCGUCGGCUUCGAGUCUGGCUCUGGCAAGGGCCUUCUCGGAUACGCAACUUUCCCAUCCGACUACAAGAGCAACCCGAAGGAUGACGGUGUCGUCAUUCUCUACUCGAGCGUGCCAGGCGGUAGCACCACCAACUACGACGAGGGCAAGACGCUUACGCACGAAGUCGGCCACUGGCUCGGUCUCUAUCACGUCUUCCAAGAUGGCUGCACCGGUAAUGGAGACUUUGUUGCCGAUACUCCUCCCCAGAAGACUGCAACCAGUGGAUGCCCCGCUAGCCAAGACUCUUGCCCGGGUGGUGGUGCUGACUCUAUUCACAACUUUAUGGACUACUCAUACGACUCUUGCAUGAAUUCGUUCACACCCGGCCAGGUCACUCGCUUCCAGGAGCAGAUCCUUACCUACCGCAAGAUUCAGGCCGGCGGCUCGACUCCCGCUCCCACAGGCUCAGAAACCGUCUCUAGCUCUACGGAGACCGAUACUACGGUUCCAACCGAGACUGAGACGACCGCCCCAGAGCCCACCGAAACGGAGACCGAUACCGAAACCGCUACGGUCCCAAGCCCAACGGAAACCGAAACCGACACAGAGACUCUCCCCGACCCUACAAAGACAGAGACGGACAUUCCCGAGCCAACAGACACAGAGAUUCCAGAGCCCACGGGCACUGAAGAUCCCUCCCCCUUCCCGACGAGCACCGACCCCCAAGAUCCAUCAGGAGAAUGCCCGUGGUGGUAUCCUGGAUGCUGGUGGUAA